AUGUGGGAGUUCAGGCUCCCGCGGUCGCCCCCGCUGCUGUUCCUGCUGUCGCAGCUCGUAACCGCAGGCGCCGCUUCCAGUUCUCGGGCCGGAACCAUGAACCCGAGCGGCGGCGGCAGCAGCAGCGCGCGAUGCUCCCCCUCGGUCGAGGGGCGCCGUCAGCAGUGUCUGCAACUGUCCACGGUGCCGGGAGCAGAUCCGCAGCGCUGCAAUGAGUUGCUCCUGCUGGUGGCGGCAGGGGAGGGACCAGAGCUGCGGGAUCACCCAGGGGACCGGACGAAGGAGAGGCUGCAGCCGCCGCCCCAGCACCAUGUCCUCUAUUUCCCGGGGGACGUGCAGAAUUAUCAUGAAAUUAUGACUCGUCAUCCUGAGAAUUACCAGUGGGAAAACUGGAGUCUAGAAAAUGUUGCCAGCAUUCUAGCCCAGCGGUUCCCCAAUAGUUAUAUUUGGGUGAUAAAAAGUUCCCGGAUGCAUUUGCACAAAUUCAGCUGCUAUGACAAUUUUGUGAAAAGCAAUAUGUUUGGUGCCCCAGAACACAAUCCUGACUUUGGUGCUUUUAAGCACCUUUAUAUGUUAUUAGUUAAUGCUUUUAAUUUAACCCAAAACAGUCUGCUUUCAAAGAAGAAUGUGAAUGUUUUGAAUAAGGAUUUCAAAGCAUCUAAUUGUAGAUCCAGUUCUUCUCACACUAGUAAUGGUUGCCAGGGAGAAAAAGAGAGGACUUGUGAACAAUCUGAUGAGUCUGCCUUGAGUUUUUAUCCACCAUCACUAAAUGGUGCAUCUUUUACUCUGAUUGGAUUCAGUAAAGGUUGUGUGGUUCUGAAUCAGUUGCUUUUUGAAUUAAAAGAAGCCAAGAAAGACAAGAAUAUAGAUGACUUUAUCAAAAGCAUAAGGACAAUGUAUUGGCUGGAUGGUGGUCAUUCUGGAGGAAGCAAUACUUGGGUUACUUUUCCAGAAGUCUUAAAAGAAUUUGCACAAACAGAGAUUAUUGUUCACACUCAUGUAACACCUUACCAAGUACGUGAUCCAAUGAGAUCUUGGAUUGGAAAGGAGCAUAAGAAAUUUGUUCAAAUACUUGGAGAGUUCGGUGUGCAGGUAACCAGCCAAAUUCAUUUUGCAAAGGAAUCUCCAUCUAUAGAGAAUCACUUCAAAGUUCAUGAAGUAUUUUGA